AAGGGAAACAGCCCACGACCGCACACCUCAUCUCCCACUAACCCCACAAUCCCUCGUCUCCAAUCCUCUCGCGAGAGAAAUCGCCGCCGGCGGCUAAGUACCAUCGUCCGUCGUGCGCGCGAGCGCGGCUGCCGAAGCUGGACCGCGGGCGCGGCGGGGCGGGGUCCGGAGCCGGGGCGAGGGCGAGGGCAACGACGGCGGUCAUGGGGUCCGGCACCUGGCGCAAGGCCUACGGCGCCCUCAAGGACUCCACCAAGGUUGGCCUCGCCAACUUCAACAUCGAGUACAAGGAUUUGGAUAUCGCCAUCGUGAAGACGACGAACCACGUGGAGUGCCCGCCCAAGGAGCGGCACUUCAGGAGGAUAGUGUUUGCGAACUCGGCAAAUCGCCCGCGAGCCAGGAUGUCCAAGACCAAGAGUUGGAUAGUGGGUUCCUUGUUUGUGUAUCUUGGUAGUAGUUCCUUGUCUGUUUAUCUAUGCCGAUUGAUAAUCCUUGAUUCAAUCAUCUCCACAAGGUACAACACAGACUACAGUUCUUUAUUGGGAACGAAGGAUUCGUCUAUAUUUCUUCCACUCUGUUUGGAUUUCUAGGAAGUCUUUUGCCUAUUGUGCAGCACAUGAGUUCAAAUAUUUCUUAUUUGAUGUAGAAUCAAAUAAAAAGGUUGAUGUUUCAUGGCUCAACCAAACUGAAACCAACCUUAGGAAUACAACAAUUCUUGCUCCGUUGUAUGUGCUCCCAACCAUUCACAUUGAAGGAAUAUGUACAGAGGCUGGGCUCGUUAAACAACACCGUAAGCCAGAACAUAGCUUCAACCAUGAACUGCGGUUAAUUAGAAGAAAAAAAACCCAAUUUGUUAUUCUGUGUUUGUGAGCAGUCUAUCAUGGAUUCGGUUCAGUUGGAGGGUCUUCUAUGGCUGCAGCAUACGAAAUAGUACACAUCUAGCCAUCCAAGAUCCAACAUUCAAGAAAAGUCUAAGAUUUGCUUAACUACUUUUUUGAUUUACUUGGGCAGUUAAUUAACUGUUUUUCGUAGCUGGAGCUAUACUAUGUCAUGAUAUACGAAUUGAGGAAGAAAUUGUAAUAGAUAGUCAUGAUAUACGACACUUUUCAUAAGGUGACUAAAAGAUAACCGUGUGUUUCUUGCCGAUUUUUUUUGAACCGUCCAUGAUAUUAGAGUUAGAGCAUCUCCAACAGCCGCGCUAUAGCGCCGCACGCAAAAAACCUUUUAGUGCGCGCGCUGCGGCUGGUUUUGCGCGCCCGCCUGCGCUGGCUCCAGCCGCCGCGCCAUAAUGCAGCGCGCGCGCGCCGUUCCAGCAGAGCGCAAAAAUACAGCGCGCGCGACUCGCCGGGCAUUUUGCAUAUAUGGAUAUUUUGGACAAAAAUAAACAUGUAAAAUUUGACACAAACAAGUUGAUGAAUAAAAGUUCAUGCCCACAAGUUCAUCAAAAUCAUGCCCACACGUUCAUCCAACCAAGUUCAAAUGCAAACUAAAA